AUGACGUCCAGCAGCAGCGCGGGCCGCCUGGACGUGUUGGUGGGGGAGCGGCUGGCGCAGGCCGCGCAUGAGAUCCUCCUCCUGUUUGACGCUGCGGUUCUGGAAUAUAAGACCGAGAUCCUCCGUUUGGGAAAGGAGACCGAGCGUCAGCAGCGGCUCCUGAACGCGUACAACCCCCGAGUGAUGCUGGAGCCCGCGCGCCUCGGCCUGGAGCCCCCCGGACCCCCCACCGGACUCCCACCUGGAUCCCCCACCGGACCCCCACCCGGACCCCCCACCGCGUCAGCCUCAGCCUCGGCCUCAGUCUCGGCCUCAGUCUCGGUCUCAGCCUCGGGCCCGGGGAGCGUGCGUGUGAAGGAGGAGACCGUGGACGUGGUGCACAUCAAAGAGGAGAUAGAUGCAGUGCGGAUCCACGAGCACGCGCUGGACUUCCCAUUGUCCAUGUUCGAGAACGAGCCUCUGGAUCCAGGGCUGUUUGUGCAGGGGGCGAGCACGGAGGACAAAGGGGGAGUGGAGGAGGCAGGUCUGGAGUCUCCUGUACAGUUUGAAGACAUGAUCAAUGACUUUACUCCGACUUCAAGCAAGAAACGGCAGAAAAAAGUAUCGAACCAGAUCCAGAACCAGAUCCAGAACCAGAUCCAGAUCCAGAACCAGAUCCAGAACCAGUCUCGGCUCAGCCCCCUCCCGUUCAGCGCCGCGUCUCUGAGCGACCCCAAACUGGAGACGUGUGAAUGUGGGAAAGUGUUUGUCAACAAAGCAGAUCUGUUCCGCCACGUUCAGACGCACGUGAAGGACCGACCUUACGGCUGCUCCGUCUGUGGGAAGGGCUUCACGGUGAAGAAGAACAUGGAGGUGCACAUGCGCAUCCACACGGGAGAGAAGCUGUACGCCUGCACCGUCUGCGACAAACGCUUCAUCCAGGCCUCCACGCUCAACUCGCACAUGCGCACGCACUCGCAGGACCGCGCCUUCAGCCGCGCAGGUGGCAGCCGGCCCCGCGACCCCACCGCCGCCAAACCCUUCAAGUGUCCCGUGUGUCAGAAGGGCUUCAAGCUGAAGCCGUAUCUACAGGCCCACAUCCUGGUGCAUGUGGCCGACAGACCUUUCAGCUGCUCAGAGUGCCCCAAGACCUUCAGAAGGAAGGUGUACCUGAAGAACCACAUGGCCAUCCACAGCAAACAGAAGACUCUGAACUGUAAAGAGUGCAACACGGCCUUCCCCGACCUGCAGACGCUGCUCCGGCACAAGCGCGUGGCUCACGUGGCCGAGAAACCUUUCGGCUGUUCCAAGUGCAACCGCAAGUUCAAGGACGAGGCCACGCGGCAGCAGCACAUGGCGGUCCACACGGGGGACAAGCCGUUCAGGUGCACGGUCUGCUACACCGGCUUCACGCUCAAGUCCAACCUCUGCACCCACAUGAAGAAGCACAAGAAGCACAAGGACGUCACCUCCUUCUACUGCUCCCUCUGCAGCAUCCACUUCCUGUCCAAAGCCAACUUUGUCAACCACAAGGCGACCGUGUGUCCCGAGAGCUCCAGCAUCGACCUGACCUGA